AUGAGAUUCCCCUUCAAAUAUACCAGAGCCCAGUUGGAAGUUUUCAGGUUUUCAUUCUGCCUAUUAGCACCUGUGGGGGUUAUGUAUUACGUAGGUACAGAUACAGAUAAGAAGUUAAAUGUACCUGGGUUUUAUCCUGAUCCAGAAUCACUUAAUAAGAUUCCAAAGGAACCAUACGAGAUCAAAGCAGAACUAGCUAGAAUGAAGAAGGAAAGACUAGAGAAAAGACUAAGGCUCGAGAAGAGAUUGGCAGAACAAGGUAUUGAUAUUGAAGCUGAAAAGGAUGAAAUAAGGAGAGAGCUUCAACAGGGAAGAACAUAG